GAAACAUAUUGAAGAGGAUGAAUCUUCAAUCAAAACGGGAAAAUAUACAAUCAUAGGAUGGGGAGAGAAAACUAUGAGAAGAAAACUCAUCACGAUCCAAUUUACAAAAUAUUAUUUUGAUUCUCCAUUUGAAUGACAUUUAAACUUGAUAUCUCUAAUUCAUAACACAUAUGGUGCACAUUUAAAUUUGACAUCUCUAAAUUCAUAGCACAAAUAUUUGGCUUUGAAUGUGUCAUGCUAAUGCUUCCAGCAAGGACUUACCUAUCAAUCAUCUCAAACAAUCUAUAUAAAUAAGAGAUUGUUCUUUCUGUUCCUCUUCAUCACCACCACCAUGACUAGAAAAAAGGUGAAACUCGCAUUCAUAAUCAACGACUCCGCGAGGAAGGCGACGUUCAAGAAAAGGAAGAAAGGUCUAAUGAAAAAGGUUAGUGAACUCAGCACCCUCUGUGGUAUUGAUGCUUGUGCUAUAAUCUAUAGUCCAUACGAUCCUCAACCUGAGGUUUGGCCAUCUCCUUUAGGAGUCCAAAGGGUGCUAUCAAAGUUCCGAAAAAUGCCUGAAUUGGAACAAAGCAAAAAGAUGGUGAACCAAGAGAGUUUUUUGAGGCAGCGGAUUCAAAAGGCGAAAGAUCAAUUGACUAAACAAAGAAAGGAUAAUAGAGAAAAAGAAAUGACUCAGUUAAUGUUUCAGUACCUUAGUGCUGAUCAAGUUAUGCACAAUAUAAGCAUGGUUGAUUUGAAUGAUAUGGCAUGGUUGAUUGAUCAGUAUUUGAAAGAUAUCAAUAGGAGGGUUGAAAUGUUGAGCAGGAAUGGUCAAGGUCAAGGUCAAACUCAAACUCAAACUCAAAUGGUAGCAUCAACAAUGGUGGCUAAUCCAGUACCUAAGAUUGAAGAGAAUGGACAAGGGAGUCACGGUCAACAUGUUUUGGACAUGAACAUGGAUGUUAUGCAGAAGCAACAUUUUUUUAUGAACUUGAUGAAUAAUGGUGGUGGGGAUCAGGCACCUCCCAUGGGAAAUGUCAAUCCCCCAAAUGGGUUUUGGCCAAAUCCAUUUUUCCGUUGAAGCGUCAUGUGGUUGUUACUUUUUACCAUCGCUUUGUAUUUGGUUGUUAUGUCAUUGUGUUUUGAUAUGAAUUAAGACUAAAAUAAGUGACUGUGGAUUUGUCCAUGGUCGGGAUU